AUGAAAGGAUGUCAAAAUUAUCUAGGACAUAUCCCCUACUUUCCUAAGAAACUCAAGACUGAGCAUUUAUCUGUCUACAUAUUCAAAGUAAUAUUCUGGUUUUUUGGAUUAUUCGCAAUUGUUAUGUACCUAAAAGUUCAAAUAGUUGCCAUUGCUGUGGACAUUCCACUAAUCCAAACAACCUUAAAAUAUAGCGAUACUCUUCCUGUGCCAGAUAAAAAUUAUGCACCUAUUCAAUCCAAAGAUUGUGAUGCUUUAAUCCAAAACCUAACAUAUGGCAAAUUCUUCUCACCUAAUUAUGAAUACCAGUUCUAUGAGAAUGAUACAGAUAUACAUGAUGUGAACUUUUUUAUUGAUUAUCAAGGAAAUGAUACGUUAAAUUUUAUUGUUCGUGAUCAAGAAUUAGCAAUUAAUUCUUAUCCAUACUAUUUUGCAUUUAUUUAUGUCAUUUUUCAAAAUUACGUACCAGAUUGGGAUAUAACAUCAGUGUUCAGUGAAUCAAAUCUAUCUCUUUCGAAUUAUAUUAAUAAUUUUACUUUGAGAAAUGAUGAUGUGGAACCUUUCUUUAUGAAGUCUAUCGAUUUUUCAAACACAUAUGUGCUCGGCAAAGAUUCGGCAA